AAACCUGAAAGUACUGAGCAGAGACAAAAUGGCCUUAAAAUGGUGGACCAAGCAAUAUGGUCCAAAAAGAUGUCAAACGGCGCGAGGCGCAUACCAGUGUCACCCGAUCAGGCCAGAUCAUACAACAGACAGAUGCGGCCAGCUAUUUUAGAUCACAGUUCUGGGGCCAAGUGGACAAACACAUCAAAUCAUCCUGAAUUUUUGGUAGGAGAAGAGGCACUGUAUGUUAAUCCACUAGAUUCGUACAAUAUACAUUGGCCUAUAAGAAGAGGUCAGUUGAAUCUCCAUCCAGGACCUGGUGGCUCCCUCACUGCAAUAUUAGCAGACCUUGAAGUUAUAUGGUCACAUGCAAUACAAAAAUAUCUGGAAAUACCGCUGAAAGACCUAAAGUACUACAGGUGCAUUUUACUGAUUCCAGACAUCUAUAAUAAACAACACGUGAAAGAACUGGUAAAUAUGAUCCUAAUGAAGAUGGGCUUCUCAGGAAUUGUUGUACACCAGGAGUCGGUCUGUGCUACCUUUGGAAGUGGUUUAGGCAGUGCCUGUAUAGUAGAUGUGGGAGAUCAGAAGACAAGCGUUUGCUGCGUAGAAGAUGGUGUUUCCCAUCGCAACACCAGGCUGUGCCUUGCAUAUGGAGGAUCUGAUGUGUCAAGGUGUUUUUACUGGCUUAUGCAACGAGCAGGAUUCCCAUAUAGAGAUUGUCAGUUAACUAAUAAGUUGGAUUGCCUGCUGCUUCAGCACCUAAAGGAGACAUUUUGUCAUCUAGACCAGGAUAUUUCUGGAUUGCAAGAUCAUGAGUUCCAAAUUCGGCAUCCGGAUUCUCCAGCUUUACUGUACCAGUUCCGUUUAGGGGAUGAAAAAUUACAGGCUCCAAUGGCUCUGUUUUAUCCAGCAACUUUUGGAAUUGUUGGACAAAAAAUGACAACUUUGCAACACAGGUCACAAGGUGACCCUGAGGAUCCUCAUGAUGAACAUUAUCUGGUAGCCACACAAAGUAAGCAGGAGCAGUCUUCAAAAGCUACAGCUGAUAGAAAAUCUAUGUCAAAGCCUGGUGCAUUUGAAGGUGACUUGAGAGGCCAAGCCUCAGACAUCUCAGAGAGGGUGUACCCACAAGAAGUGGAACUAGGAUCUUCGCAGAGCGAUUGUAUGAUAUCUGGAAAUGAUUCAGAGGAACCCAUAACGGCACACAUGUCCAGGAAAACAGCUAUUUCGCAGUUUGAAGGCAAAGCCUUAGGCCUUGAUAAAGCCAUUCUUCAUAGUAUUGACUGCUGCGCAUCUGAUGAUACAAAAAAGAAGAUGUACAGUUCUAUCUUAGUAGUGGGAGGAGGCCUCAUGUUUCAUAAAGCUCAAGAGUUUCUUCAACACCGAAUUCUCAACAAAAUGCCACCCUCCUUCAGACGAGUUGUUGAAAAUGUUGAAGUCAUCACAAGACCUAAGGAUAUGGAUCCCCGCUUAAUAGCAUGGAAAGGAGGUGCUGUUUUAGCCUGUCUUGAUACAACUCAGGAGCUGUGGAUAUAUCAGCGAGAAUGGCAACGGUUUGGUGUCAGAAUGUUACGAGAACGAGCUGCAUUUGUAUGGUAAUGAGUGGAUAUGGUUACAGUGGAACCUGCCUAAUUGAAGAUUCCUUUCUCCAAAUGCCCCCUUUUUCCAGUGCAGAUGUAUUGAUCUUCUGCUGAUAGAUAUUUUU